CUCCAAUUAUCACAACAAUAAUCCACAUCCUUUAAGAAGCGCAUUCUAUUGAAGACUGAACAAGAGAUGAGUUCUACUGUGAAAAGAGCCUCAAGAUCUCCCCACGUAAAACCUCCAUUCACUUUAAGCGAUGUUAAGAAAGCAGUUCCGCCUCAUUGCUUUGAGCGUUCGGCCAUUCGCUCUUUGUCAUACCUUGUCUUCGAUGUCAUCAUCUUAUUCUCUCUUUACCACAUCGCCGCAAACUAUAUCUUAACCUCCGAAUUAGUACAAUCAUCGAAAUUGUACCUUUUUAUGUCCGGGAUUAUUUAUUCGGUGCUACAAGGCUGUAUCCUGGCCCGAUUUUGGGUCAUAGGUCACGAAUGCGGACACAACGCUUUUAGUGACUACAAAUGGCUCGACGACACAGUGGGAUUCGUCACCCACUCUGUCGUUCUGUUCCCUUACUUUUCAUUCAAGUACAGCCACCAUCGACACCACUCGAGAACCGGAUCCCUCGAAGAAGAAGAAUUUGACAUCCCGCUGCUCAAGUCCCAAGUUCCAUUGCUCUUCAGACACCUCAAAAAUCCUGUAGCGCGAUUCUUCGUUGUUGCUGCAGUUCUAGCUGUUGCGGUGCCUCUGUACCUUCUUGUCAACUUCCGCGGUCGAGUUUACGAUCGAUUCGCCUCCCAUUUUGAUCCGUAUAGCCCAAUGUUCUCACGCAAGCAACGCGCUCUCGUCUUGCUUUCGGAUGCUGGAUGUUUGGCCGUGAUCUUUACACUAUACAAACUCGCUUUGCUAAAAGGAUUCGCAUGGGUGGCUUUCAUUUACGGAGGACCAUACCUAUUCACAAAUGCCAUGCUUAUCAUAGUGGCCGUACUUCAACACACGAACCCUCUCGUACCUUACUAUGAUCACUCCGAGUGGGAAUGGCUGAAGGGAUCCAUGGCUACCAUCGAUAGAGAUUUCGGAUUUCUCAACACGGUGUUUCAUCAGCAGCCGAAUACUCACGUAGCGCACCAUCUCUUCCCGAAGAUGCCACAUUACCAUGCGGUGGAAGCCACCAAGGCAUUUAAACCUGUGCUUGGGGAGUACUAUCAGUAUGAUUUCACUCCAUUCUAUAAGUCAAUUUGGAACACCAUAAAUGACUGUGUCUACGUUGAGGAAGAUGAAGACAACAAAGGGAUAUAUUGGUACAACAACAAGUUUUGAGCAUUGAGAGUUCGGCACCUUUGACAAACAAAAUAAUAAUUAAAAAUUAGUGAGGGAGCUUGUAUGGUGAUAAUUAUAUUUAUUUCUUUGGAAAAAUUUUAGUUACCUGUAUUGUAUCAUGAUGAUUGUUAUAAACACUGUUCUUUGAUCAAAUACACAGAAACGGAGCUAGCUAAUUAGGCAUUGUCAGAAGCUGCUUAUCUUUUUGUUAAUGGUCCCGGGCCUUUUGUGAAUGGGCUUUGUUUGUCGUGGGCUCAAAUAUAUAUUAGGCUCAAAUAUUGGGCCGAGUCUGAAUAUACUAAUGAAAGACCCUCUAUUUGGGCUAUAUCCGAGAAAUUUACAUGAA